AUGUCCUGCAGUCAUACUUGCAAAACAUGCAGUGGAAAUUCUUAAAAAUGCUUAUCUUGUAAUGAUGGAUUCUACAUGGAUAAUACUUAAGCUACUCCCACUUGUUUGGGAUGUUAAAAUGAUUGUAAGACUUGCAAUAGCUCCCCAACUAGCUGUACAAGUUGUUUUGAUGGUUAUUUUCUUAAUGCAGCAAACAAUUUAUGUUAACCAUGCGAUUAGAAAUGCCUUUUAUGUUCUAAUACUUCUACAAAUUGUAAUUCUUGUAUAGAUGGAUAUUAUGUAUUAAAUAACACUUGCUAAAUAUGUGAUAAACCUUGUAAAACAUGUUAAAAUUUAUCAACAAAGUGUACAAGCUGUUAUAAUAAUUAUUCUCUUGACAGCACCUAAUUUAAAUGCAAUUUAUGCUCAAAUUUAUGCAAAACAUGCGAUGGCUUAACCGGACUAUGCACUAGCUGUUUAGAUGGCUACUCACUUAUAUCUGGUCAAUGCUAAUUAUGCUAAUUUCCAUGCUCAACAUGUGCAUCUGGAAAUGUAAAUCUAUGUUUAUCUUGCUCUGGCAAUUAUUAUUUAGACACAAUUUUAAAUAUAUGUAGUAUUUGCAGCAAUAAUUGUGUAAGCUGUGUAAGUUAAUCAAAUUGUUCUAAAUGUCAAAAUGGAUAUAUACUUGAUGCUAAUAAUUAAUGUAUUGCAUGCAGCUAAACUUGCAAAACUUGCAGCAACCAAUUUAACCAAUGCUUAAGCUGCUUUGAUGGAUAUUAUUUUGAUAAUUUGAACAAAGUAUGCUCGCCUUGCAUACCCGGAUGCAAAUAAUGCAAUAAUUUGACUUCUUGUAAUGUAGGAUAAUGUUUUGAUCCUUAUUUCUAUGAUACUACUUCGUAAACUUGCUUAUAAUGCAGUCCUUAAUGUUUGAGUUGUACUGGAAAUAAUAAUUGUACAACUUGUGAAGAUGGUUAUGUUCUAAUCUCAGGAUCAUGUGUAUAAUGUGAUUAGGAUUGUCGAAAAUGUUCAUAAUCGACUGAUAAUUGCACAGAUUGCUAUUAAAAUUUUAAAUUAGUAUAAUUUUUUAGGAGCUAUUGUUAUUAAAAAUAUAGUUGCUCUUGUUCUCUUACAAAAGGAGUUUGUAAUAGUUAUAGUUAUAAUGAUUGUGUAUGUAUGUAAGGAUACUAUAAAGUCUCAUCAAAUGCAUGUAAUAAAUGCAUAUAGCAUUGUUAAGAUUGUACAGACGGAUCUACCUGCACAAAUUGCUUCCCCCCGUAUGUAAAAACUAAUUUAAAUACUUGUGUUUUGAAUAAGUGCGAUUCAACUUAAUAUUUUGAUGGAAGCUAAUGUUAAUUUUGUCCUCCUGGAUGUUUAACAUGUACUUCUAAUUAAAUAUGCACUAGUUGUAUUAAAAGCUAUUAUUUGUAAACAUAAGCUAAUGGGAAUAUAUAAUGCUUACCUUGCAAAUAUCCAUGUGAUACAUGUGAUAAUGAAACAAGCUGUAUUAGUUGUUUACCUAAUUUUAUUUUGUCUAAUUCAAAAUCAUGCUAAAAUUUAUAAAAUUGUAAAUCGACUGACUCUAACUCAAAAUGUUCUACUUGUAUUGAUAAGUUUUAUCUAGACUCAACAUGCUAGCCAUGUGGAAUACUUUGCUAAACUUGCAAUAAUUCGAAUUCUUGUUUAACUUGUAUUCCAGGAUAUUAUUUAGAUUCAUAAAAUUAAUGCCAGCCUUGUAAUUUCAAUUGCUUAACCUGCUUAGAUUAAAAUGCUUGCACUUCAUGCUUUGAUUAAGGAAUUUCUAGAGAUGUUCCACCUUAAUGUUUAUGCAAAAGUGGCUAUUUUUAAUUAGGGAGUUAGAAUAAAUGUUCACAAUGUGACCCAACAUGUUAACAAUGUUCAAAUUUAUCAACUAAUUGCUCUGCUUGUGAUGCAAGUAAAUUUAGGAUUUUAAUACCAGGAGGAUAAUGUAUAUGUUAGCAAGGUUAUUAUGAAAUAUUUCAACCUUAUAGAUAAUGCUUAGCAUGUGAUCCUACUUGUUUAGAAUGUUAUGGAUCUGGUCCUUAAAGAUGCUUAAGUUGCAAAUCAGGCUUCUAUUUAAAUCCUCUCUAUACUUCGUGCUAAUGCUAAUAAGGAUAAUUUUUAAAUUCGAACGGAGUAUGUUAAAGUUGUUAAGUAGGUUGCAUUUUAUGCUAAAAUUAAAGUUAAUGUUUAUAAUGUGGUUUAAACAUGUAAAUUUCAUAAGAUAAAACAACAUGCUCUUGCUUAAAAGGAUAUUAUCAAAAUCAAGGUGUUUGCUAAUAGUGUGAUGUUGCUUUUUGUGAAGAUUGUUCUGCAAAUAAAUCUCAGUGCUUAAAAUGCUUUUCUGGAACACUUUAAUCUUCUAUUAUAUCAAAGUGUGAAUGCUCUAGCAGUUCAAGCAAUUAGUUUAUUUCAAAUUUAAUGAGCUGCUCUUUAUGUCAUUUUUCUUGUGCUACAUGUGAUGGAUUUGAAGCUCAUAACUGUAUUACUUGUCUUUCAAGCAGAAAAUAUAAUUCUGUAACUUCAACUUGUGAAUGCAAGGAUGGUACUUACGAAGAUGACGCUUCUUAAAAUUGCUUUAAAUGUCAUUAUUCAUGUUUCAAAUGCAAUGGCCCUUUUGAAUCUGAUUGCAUAGAGUGUCCAUAAAGCUCUACUACAUUUAGGUAAAUAUCAGCAAAUAGAUAGCCAUAAGAUAUUUCUUUUAGGUGCACUUGUGCUCCAGGAUAUUUUGAUGUUACUUAAUAGCAAAUAUGUUAAAAAUGUAGUUAUUAAUGUUUAACUUGUAUAGGGUUUGCUUCAAAUUGUUAAAGUUGUUAGGUUACAAUGAAUAGAGUUUUGAGCUCAAUUAAUACGUGCAUUUGUAGUAGCGGAUACUUUGAUGAUGGUUUUAAUUUUUAAUGCCAAAAAUGUCAUUAUACUUGUAAAAAGUGUAUUAAUGGUACUAAAUCUGGUUGUAUAGAGUGUCCUGAUAACUCAUUUAGAUAUAGCUCAUAUAAAACUUUAACUGUUGAUAAUUCUUUUGAGUGCUUGUGCAACGAAAGAUAUUAUGACGAUGGUAUUAAUCCUGUAUGUUAGAAAUGCCACUACAGCUGUAAAAAUUGUAUUGGACCAAAAAAUACUGAUUGCAUACAAUGUGAUCAAGUUAUAGUAUAUUAAAGAAUGUUUAUUGCAAAUAUAUCUUCACCAAUUUCUUCAACUGGAAUUUGCUAAUGCGUUGAUGGGUAUUUUGAUGAUCUGACAAAUAUUUUGUGUUAGAAAUGCCCCUAUCAAUGCAAAACUUGUGAUAUUCAAAAAUGCUUGACCUGUGAUAUAACUAGAGAUUUGGUUGGAAUGACGUGCUAGUGUAAGAAAGGAUACCUAGAAGUAGGAAACUAGGCAUGUGAUUCUUGUAGUCCUUUGUGUUCAGAAUGCAGUUAAACAAGAUACAAAUGUACAGCUUGUAAUACUGCAAUUACUUUUAGAUAAUUAAAUUAACAGAACUCUUGUCUUUGCUAAGAAGGUUAUUUUGAUGCCAGUAAAUAUGAUUCAAAGACUAGAAUACCUAUAUUAGAAAUACCAAAUUGCCUGAAAUGCAAAAAAAACUGUAAGAGUUGUGGUCCUGAAAAUCCUAACAUAUGUUUAUCUUGUUAUUCUAAUUACAACUAUGUGUUGAAUCCAGAAGAUUUAUGCGUUUGCAUGUUUGGAUUUGAAGAAAACAAUAGUAUUUGUGAGGAAAAAUUUUUAGUAAACAAUUCAUACAUAGAUGAGAGUAAAUUAGAUGCAAUCAAAAGCAUCAUUUAAACUUUACUCAGGAUUAUCAAAGUACUAUCAUGGAUUCAUUUAUUAAUGAAUUAACCUUUCUAAAGUUUGUUAGGGUUUAGACUUAAUCUCAUGUUAAUUUAUCUGAACUUUUGUAGUGUUAAAGUAAGCAAAAUAAUACAAAAUGUCACAGAGUUGCAAGAAAUUGAAGAUCCUUUUUCUAUCUUUAAUUUUAUGAACUUCAUUAGCCCAAGCUAUGAAGAAGUUAAUAAAAGGAAUCUACUGAAUAAAAGAAUUUUCUUACAAAAUAAACCUACAAGCUUUUUAUAAAAUGGGCAGGGAUACUUUUUUUUAUUUAUAUUGGUCCUCUUCAUAUAUUUGAUAUUAAAAUUAACGGUUUUGAGAAAAUCUGUUUUGAUCUCAUCUAAAAUUUAUCGAAAGCAAAAGUGGAGAUAUUAAAUAUAUUAGAUUGAUCAUAAUAUCAUUUUUCCAUUAUUUAUGACUCUUUUGCAGGUUUUAAUGAUAAAGAUAUUUUUCUUCAGCUUGGUAGAUAUAUUGACAACUUAGAGUUUUUCAUAUCCAGGUUCAGCUAUAUCUUUGAUUGCCUUAAUUAUUUAUGGAAUAGCUUACAUAUCUUGCAUAGUAUUUUUAUAUUUAAUUAAUAAAAAUGAGGAGAACAAGUUAAAAAAAUUUUUUGAAUAUGACCUAAACCCGAACUCUGCAAACUUCUUCUUUUUACAAUUUUCUAUUGAUAUAUUGAUUUGUGCUUAUUAUGUAGUUUAAUCGACAGAUUUUAAAUAGCAAACUAUAAUUAUAAUUCUUGGAUAUUUCGCACUUGGGUUUUUCGCCUUAAUCUAAAAACCUUUUAAGCAUUAUUGGGAAAAUUACCUUGAAUUUAUUUAUUAUGCAGGUCUCUCAACUGUAGUUAUCCUUUUUUAGUAAGUAGGAUAGCUAACAUUGACAUAAUUGAUGAAUGAUAAUCAAUAGAAGCAAUUUAAUACCUCCUCUUUUUAUCUUGAUUAUUCUUUGAUUGUGGCACUAAUUAUUAGUAUAGCAUGCAUAACAAUAAAGUUAUCCAAAGGAAUAAUUAGAAUUAUGAUUUUUAUCAAAAAAAUAAGAGAGUUUAAUUAGAGUGAUACUGCUCUAUGGGAAGUAGAAAUUUUAGAAACUGAAAAAAUUAUUACCUAGCACAGAAAAUCACUCCUAAUAACUGAUUAAUAGUAAAUAAACAAAAAUAUUUUAAAAGAAAUUAUGAAUUCAGAUCUUAACAGAAAAGAAACAAAUUCUACUCAACAUAUGUAAACGAUCACUCUAACUCCUCGAACUCCUGGUAAAAGAUAUCACCUAUGA